UCGGCCCACUCAGUUCAGUACAACGCUAGACACAACCGCGAACGAUUCGUAUUACUCUCAGUUGUUUGAUUUUACAUCUUUUUUUUUUGCAUCAUUUACCAAGAGAAAGUGAUUACUACACGUUCUCGUUCGGCCGUGGAAUCAUUUGAACGUUCUAAUCGAUACCGGGUUAUUCAGCAUGGCCUUUGACCACGUGUCUGAUUGUUUCCAAUUAGCAGACAAUUGGCUGUCGCAUAUACAGCAGUCGAUUUAAACUUUUGGAAAACAGUGAAACCAGUGCUCGCCUGUUUAUCAAUCUUCUUUGAAUUUCAAGAAGCGCAUGCGCUCGCUUUACUCCGUUUCGUCCUGAAAUAGAAUUAUUCAUUCCACUUGAUGUGCAACGUGCACGCAUGAGGCAAUCGACCGAGUGAAUUUCGUGUUUUGUAUAGCAAAAGUAGUGCAUGGGGACAGUUGUCAUAGGUCAAAAUGCCGAAAUCCGAAGAUGACAUUGAUCUUGAUGGAGUUCUGAACGAAAUCGGCCAGUUCGGUCGCUUCCAAAUACGACAGUAUGCGCUGAUGAUCAUUCCGAUAAUUUUCAACGCUUUCUUCACACUCAGCUACGUGUUUACUGCAGGGAAUCUAGAAUACAGAUGCCACGUACCUGGAUGUGACGAUGCUCUCACCAGCUAUCAUCCAGAAUGGCUGAAUUACUCGGUUCCUUUCAAGAAUGGGAUGCCGGCACAAUGCGAACGAUUCCAGGUGAUAUCUAACACGAGCUUACAGGAUUUCUAUUGUGAUUCGGAGGCCUUUGAUAGAAGCACUACUAUUGAGUGCAUCGAUUUCGUGUACUCAAAUGAUGAAGUAACGAUAGUCAAAGAUUUCAACAUAAAUUGCCCAAAAAAUGACUGGAAACUGACCUUAGUGGGUACGGUGAACAACAUAGGACAGUUCGUGGCACUUCCAAUCGCAGGAUACUUAUCUGAUCGAUUCGGCCGUCGUUUGGUAUUACUGUUGAGUGUAGCGGCCAGCGCAAUUUUCGGUUUAAUACGAUCCUACGCUACGAGUUACGAAAUGUUCAUCAUCAUGGAGUUUCUUGAUCCGGCCAUAGGUUCGACCAUGUACACUACAGCCUUUAUUCUAGCUUUAGAACUGGUGGGUCCCAAUAUGCGAGUCUCCGGUAACAACGUAAUAUCCUGUGCCUUUUCAUUCGGUGAAGCAACUCUCGGACUGCUUGCCAUGUUUUUCCGUAACUGGCGGACAUUACUGAAAAUAUUAUACAUACCUGGAUUGGUCUCGUUGCCACUUUUAUGGAUGACAUCGGAAAGCGUGCGUUGGCUGCUCUCCAAAGGCGACCGGGAAAAGGCCUUCAGUAUUCUCAAGAAAGCAGCCAAAAUGAACGGAAAAAGUUUGUCUCCCUCGGCUGUCGAAGGUUUCUACCCGACAAGUGAAAAAGAUUCAUCAUCGGAAGAGCUAGAGAAUACUAAUUUUUUCUAUUUACUUGCUGAUGCAUUUCGCAAUCCCGGUCUUCUACUAAGAGUUGCAAACUGUUCAUUUUGUUGGUUGACCAAUGUGCUCGUUUACUACGGCUUAAGUUUAAACUCUGUUACACUGGCAGGAGACAAAUAUUUGAACUUCAUUUUGGUAUCGCUAAUAGAACUUCCCGGUUUCCUAAUCAUGCAACUGAUUCUGGAUCGAGUAGGACGAAGAAAAAUGUUGUGUUGCACAAUGCUGUUAUGCGGACUGUUCUGCUUACUAGCGGAAUUUAUUCCCACGGAAAAUACCUGGCUAAGUUUGAUCAUGUUUCUUGUGAGCAAAAUGGCAAUUACCAUAUCCUUCGGAACACUGUAUAUAUACACCGUAGAAAUCUUUCCAACGAACUUACGGCAGAGCUUACUUUCGCUCUGUUCAAUGUUCGGUAGAAUCGGAUCUAUGAUCGCACCCCAAACCCCUCUACUGGCUAAGGUAUGGUCACCACUGCCGAUGGUUUUAUUCGGUGGAAUGGGCAUAACAUCUGGGUUGGCAAUUCUACAAUUUCCAGAAACGUUAAACAUUCAGCUACCGAACACCGUCCAAGAAGCAAUGAGUAUGAAUUCGGAUGAUAGAAACAAUAAAGAUCAAUUUUCCUAGCAAAAAUAAAA